AAUCAAACGUCAUGUUUGUAGUUUAAUAAUUUUUCAACCAAGAUUUGAAUUGUUGUAGAUACUUAAUUGAUUGUUUAAUAUCCAAACAAAACGAGUGCGUUUAUAAUACAUUAACAAUACGUAAAUAAUAUUAUUUCUACUACUACUAACAAGAAUAUGUUUUAAUCUCUAUAAAAUUGUGUGACUGAUCGAUUAAAUUUUUCUUUAAUAUUUUUAACAAUGUUCGAAAUAAAGUAUUGUGUGCUAUUACUCUCACUAUCAUUACUAGUUCCCUAUAUUUCGACUAGUGAUGGCGAUAAAUCGCCUUUUUAUCAGAAAUGUUUACAGAAAUGCAAAAAUUUCAACUGCACCUUAGAUGGAGAAUUUACUGCAGAGGCUGCCAAACAGCAGGAGUUGAGUGCCUGGCUGCUGGUGUGGAAGUGUGAGGAUGAGUGCCGCUACCACUGCAUGUGGCGGACGGUGCAGGGCUACAUAGAGAGGGGCUACAACAUACCUAAGUUUCAUGGAAAAUGGCCAUUCCGGAGGAUCCUCGGCGUGCAAGAGCCCGCCUCGGCGUUCGCGUCUGUGCUCAACCUGUGGAUACACAUGAAGAUGUACAAGAGGAUCAUCACAGAAUUCCCUCUAGAUGACACACCUAUGAUCAUGUUUUGGCAUUGGUUUGCUUGGGUGUGCAUGAACGCGUGGCUGUGGUCGGCCGCGUUCCACGCGCGCGACACCUUCUUCACGGAAUUCAUGGACUACGCGUGUGCGCUCUCCAUGGUCAUGGCGCUGCUCAUAGCGGCCAUAGCCAGGAUAACGUACUUGCGCGGGCGAGUGCUGGGCGCCGGUGUGGUAGUGCUGCUGGCGCUGUACUACGCGGCGCACGCGCGCUACCUCUACAGCGGCAGGAUCGACUACGACUACAACAUGAAAGUUAACAUCUUCUUUGGCGCGUGCGGCUCGGCGCUGUGGCUGUGGUGGGCGGCGCGGCGCUGGGCGGCGGCGCGCUACGUGUGGCGGCUGGGCGCGUUCACGGCGCUGUCGGCGCUGUUCCUCGCCAUGGAGCUGUGGGACUUCGCGCCGCGCCUGGGCUGGGACGCGCACGCGCUGUGGCACCUCGCCACCGCCGCGCUGCCCGGCCUCUUUUACAGGUUCGUGAUAGACGACCUGAGACACCUCCGACAGAGCAGAGCGAAGAUGGACUUGAAGUUGCCCUAGUUUUAUACAAGUAUAUGGACGAUUGAGAGUGCUAGCUACACGUACGAGUACUAGUUAAGUUGUUUAUUUAUUAUUAUAAAAAUAAAAUAUCGAGGAAACAUUAA